AUGAAGAUCCAAUGCGCAACCGAUCACAUUGGCUGGACCUACCGGUCCUUCCACGCCGACUCAUACCAGUCGUGUCUGGAGGCGUGUUCCCAGAACUCGCACUGCAAAUCCAUUGCAUACCCUGUGCACAACAAGACCUGCAACCUGAAGAACAAGGUCGGCAAAAGGGUAAAUAACCCUGACGUCUGGAGUGCCACGCUCGACGACGCCGGCGGCGCCAACUUCUCCUCGACGCCCGAUCCGUCCCCGACGCCCGACGCCAUUGCCUGCAACGCAGACCACCAGCAGACGCGCAACUCGCCGGGAGGGAAGCCCUACACGAUCGAGUGCGGCUUCGACUUCAUCUACGGCGACAUAGCGGGCCGCGGGCCGGCUUGGGUCGGCCGCUUCGAGGACUGCCUCGCCGCAUGCGAUUCCGACUCGGACUGCGGUGCCGUCUCCUACGACCACACCUACCAGGGAACUGUCAAGCCUUGCUACCUCAAGGACCACAGCAACCUGGCCGUGGCGAACGAGAAGUUCUGGGGCGCGAGGCGCCAAGACGUCUCCUCCCCUGACGACUCGGCCGCCACAAACACCACCACCACCGUCGCUGACCCGCCGGCAACCCAGUCGGCGUCUACCGGCGCGGAUGGCGGGCCAGCUACCACCACCACUGUCGUUGACCCGCCGGCAACCCGGUCGGCGUCUAACACCACCACUGUCGCUGACCCACCGGCAUCCCAGUCGACGUCUACCGGCGCGGAUAGCGGGCCAGUUACCACCACCACUGACGUUGACCCACCGGCAACCCAGUCGGCGUCUACCGGUAAAGAUGGCGGGCCAGCUACCACCACCACUGACGUUGACCCACCGGCAACCCAGUCGGCGUCUACCGGUAAAGAUGGCGAGCGAACCACCACCACCACCGUCACCACCACCGUCACCACCACUGCCAGCCGCAACGACGACGCCGACACUCCCGUCACCAAGCGCAAACGCGAUGAGCCCUCGGUGGCACCGGAGUCGUCUUCGUCUGAAGCCGCGGCCGCUACCACGCAGCUUAACGCGACCAGCUCCGAGCAAUCUACUUCGCAGCCUCAGGUCACCGCGUCCGAAGGGUCCACGACGUCCGGUCAGGCCGAGUCUCAGCCAUCUACCACAGAGACGCUUGUGACCGAGUCUGAGCAACCCACUUCGCAGCCGACUCAACAGACGAGUGAGACUGGAUCUGAAAGACCCAUCAACCAGACGCGCUCGAGUGAAUCUGAGAGGCUGCUCACCGAGACGCGCUCAAGUGCGUCCGAAUCGCCUGUCGUCGAUGACCGUACCACAGAUUCUGGAAGUGCCACUGUCACCACGACUCAGCCUUCGGAUCCCGAGCACGGGAGGCCUUUGGUGUCUACCAGGACAUUCACCAGGACGGCUACCAGAAUAGACACUAGGACCCUGACUCGUACUCAGACUCGGACAAGGUCGCCCAGCUUUCUUCUCCCUACCUCGAGCGAGGAAGCCAACCCCGACGUGGAACAGCCGGAACCAACACCCAGCUCUGAAACGUCGGUCACCGACCAACCUGAGGAUGGGCCGAAGACGUCCACGAAGACGGCCCGACCGCGUAUAAGCACCGCUUGUUCGCAAGUGACCGUUUCAACGUCCGACGUGCCCUCGUGUACUUGGCAACUCACAGGCCAGAUCACUGGUCCCUGCGCAACCCGGAUCAACGGACCGGUCAACAACUUGAACCAGGGCAUUGGACGGCGGAAUGUCGCUGCCCCCCGCAAGGUCCGUGCUGCCAGGUCUCUUUCGGCUCCGAUUCCGCACUCGAUCCAGCUGCGAUUCGAGAAGGAAGAAAUAAACUACUGGCAGGCCGGUGGCUCUGAUUACUACUACGCCAAGCUCUGCAGGAGCUGCGAAAUUACCCGCGUGGUUGCCAGCACUGGCACGUACAAAGGCCACCCCGAAUGCAACACUUGCGAGCCUCCAGUAAUGCAGGCGCGCGCUGGAUCUGCCAUAUACAAGUCCACGCACCAUGACGGCGUCUGUGCCUUGAUCGAUUUCUCCCCUUCGACCUGCAUAAGCUGCGAGAAGAAGCAGGAACACCAUUUCUGGGUGCCCAAACGAACUAUAGCGCCGCAUGCAUCGUCUCCUGUGUAUUCGCCACCGCCUGUGUAUUCUCAAUCACCUGUGGAUUCACCGCCGCCUGUGUAUUCGCAAUCACCUGUGGAUUCGCCACCACCUGUCUAUUCUUUCUCACCUGAACCCUCUGUCUUCUCACCUGAGCCUUCUGUCUUCUCACCUGAACCUUCCGUCUUCUCACCUGAGCCUUCCGUCUUCUCACCUGAGUCUCCCUUGUAUACACAACCGUCCGUGUACUCUCCCGGGCCUCCUGUGUAUUCACACGAGCCUUCCAUGUAUUCACAACCGCCCGUGUAUUCACAAACACCUGUGUACUCGCCCGAGCCUUCUGUGUAUGCGACGCCGUCCUGCCCGACACCUUGCCCCGAGCCUUGCCCAUGCUCGCAGUCGCAGCCGCAGCCGCAGCCGCAAUCACCGCCACAGUCACCAACUCCGGGUACUGCACCCUGCUGGACUUGUUCGCAGACACCGAUCCACUAUCCUACCACUCCUGAAGUAGUGCCCACGCCAGGAUACAUCCCGGAGUCUCACCCAGUCACGACGCCUCGGCUCGUCCCGACGACUCUGCCAUUCACGCAGACUAUUGCAUGCCCCACUUGCCCUGGAGGAUCUACGACCAUGGUGACUUUCCUCCCUACGCAGGUGACGACACAGUACGUGAACAACACGGUCCCCGUGCCAACGACAUUUAAGGAGACGGAAAUAAAGACUGUUCCGUACAACAACUACGUCACUGUGACGGAGAAAUGCGAGUCUUGCCCCGGUGGCUACACCACCUCCGUCAAGAUCAAGGAGACUGAGACGCAAGCUGUGCCUUAUACCACAACGCUGCCAUGUAUCAGCUGUCCUGGAGGCUACACGACCAGCGUGGGCUACACCAGGACCGUAAAGCACAAGGGGACCGAGACCGUGUCUGUUACUUAUACCGGCCUGGUCACCGUCACGGCGCAAUGCCAGAGCUGCCCUGGAGGCUACACCACGGCCGUCAUCAGCCAGGGUAACCAAACCGUCCCCCCAACCGAAAAGGUCACCGUCACCGAGGAGUGCCCGACCUGCUCUGGUGGCUACAGUACGACUGUACUGACGCCCAUCACCCCCUCGCCUACUGUUGUCACACAGACGCAGAGUUGCAGCGACUGCCCUGGCGGCUCGACAACUGUUGUUGUUCCGGCUCCUUCCUUCACAACCGAAGUGAUUACGCAGACCCAAAGCUGCAGCGACUGCCCUGGCGGAUCGACAACUGUCAUUGUGCCAGUCCCUUUGAAUAGCCCCACGAGGGAGGUGAUUACGCAGACACAAAGCUGCAGCGACUGCCCCGGCGGCUCGACGACUGUUAUUGUGCCAGUCCCCUCUCCCACGACAGAAUUCAUCACGCAAACACAAAGCUGCAGCGAUUGUCCUGGAGGCUCGACGACUGUCGUUGUCCCAGCUCCCUCUCCCACAACAGAGGUCAUCACACAAACACAAAGCUGCAGCGACUGCCCCGGCGGUUCGACGACUGUCGUUGUCCCAGCUCCCUCUCCCACAACAGAGGUCAUCACGCAAACACAAAGCUGCAGCGACUGCCCCGGCGGUUCGACGACUGUUGUUGUACCGGCUCCCUCUCCCACAACAGAGGUCAUCACACAAACACAAAGCUGUAGCGAUUGCCCUGGAGGCUCGACGACUGUUGUUGUACCGGCUCCCUCUCCCGAAGUCAUCACACAAACACAGAGCUGCAGCGAUUGCCCUGGUGGCUCUACAACGGUCACUGUACCAGCCCCCUCGAACAGACCCACUACCGAAGUCAUCACGCAGACACAGAGCUGUAGCGAUUGCCCUGGUGGCUCAACGACGGUUAUUGUACCAGCACCUUCGAAUAGCCCCACGAAGGAAGUGAUCACACAUACACAGAGCUGCAGCACAUGUCCUGGAGGCACAACAACUGUUCUCGUAACAGCCCCAGCGAGCACUCCUGCGCCUGUUGUUAUCACGCAGACACACAGCUGCAGCACUUGUUCUGGAGGCUCAACGACUGUUGUCGUAACAGCCCCGGCGAGCACUCCUGCGCCUGUUGUUAUUACACAAACGCAGAGCUGCAGCACUUGUUCUGGAGGCUCAACGACUGUUGUCGUAACAGCCCCGACGAGCACUCCUGCGCCUGUUGUUAUUACACAAACGCGGAGCUGCAGCACUUGUUCUGGAGGCUCAACAACCGUUGUCGUGCCAAUUCCGCCGCCGCCACCUACGGCUCAACCUCUGCCUCAGCAACCUCCACCGCAGCAGCCUCCUGCUCAACAGCCCCCGGCGGAGCAGCCCCCGGCAGAGCAGCCUCCGGCAGAGCAAACUCCUGCAGAGCAACCCCCGGCAGAACAGCCCCCGGCAGAGCAAACCCCUGCAGAACAGCAUCCUGCAGAACAGCCUCCGGCAGAGCAAACCCCUGCAGAGCAGCCUCCGGCAGAGCAAACUCCUGCAGAGCAACCCCCGGCAGAGCAAACUCCUGCAGAGCAACCCCCGGCAGAGCAACCUCCUGCAGAGCAACCUCCGGCAGAGCAACCUCCUGCAGAACAGCAUCCUGCAGAACAGCCUCCGGCAGAGCAAACCCCUGCAGAGCAGCCUCCGGCAGAGCAAACUCCUGCAGAGCAACCCCCGGCAGAACAGCCUCCGGCAGAGCAACCCCCGGUAGAACAACCUCCUGCAGGGCAUCCCCCAGCCCAACAACCUCCUGCGGAACAGUCUCCGGCAGAGCAACCCCCGGCAGAGCAGCCUCCAGCCGAGUGUUCUACUUGCUCUCCUCAGCAGACCGCAACGCUGACAGAGGAGGGACCAAAACAGGGCAGCACUCAAGUGCUCACCCAGACCGGUCUACAACCGUCCGGUUCCGGAGAGCAGCCUCAGCCAGUUCCAACCCAGCCCGCCGAGUCGCAGUCCGUGCCGACGCAGCCCGGCCCUGUGAAGCCUACAGAGCACCAGCCUGCCGAGUCUCAGCCCGCCGAAUCUCAACCUGCUGAAUCUCAGCCGGCCGAGUCUCAGCCAGUGGAGACGCAACCUGCUGAAUCCCAGCCUGCUGAAUCUCAUCCAGUGGAGACACAACCUGCUGAAUCCCACCCUGCCGAAUAUCAACCAGUGGAGACUCAACCUGCUGAAUCCCAGCCUGCCGAGUCAUACCCUGCCGAAUCCCAGCCUGCUGAAUCUCAUCCAGUGGAGACACAACCUGCUGAAUCCCACCCUGCCGAAUAUCAACCAGUAGAGACUCAACCUGCUGAAUCCCACCCUGCCGAAUCACAGCCUGUCGAGGCUCAUCUAGGGGAGACGCAGCCUGCUGAAUCCCAACCAGUGGAGACGCAACCUGCCGAAUCCCAGCCUGCUGAAUCCCAGCCUGCUGAAUAUCAACCAGUGGAGACGCAACCUGCUGAAUCCCAGCCUGCUGAAACUCAUCCAGCUGAGACGCAACCUGCUGAAACUCAUCCAGCGGAGACGCAACCUACUGAAUUCCAGCCUGCUAAAACUCAUCCAGCUGAAUCUCAUCCAGCUGAGACACAACCUGCUGAAUCCCAGCCUGCCGAGUCCCAGCCUGUCGAGUCCCAGCCCGUCGAGUCCCAGCCCGUCGAGUCCCAGCCCGUCGAGUCCCAGCCCGUCGAGUCCCAACCUGCCGAAUCCCAAACCGUCAAGCCUCAGCCCCAGCCUCCGCAACCCGUCGGAUCCCAGCCCGCGGCUCCGGCCGGAUCACCGGCCGCAAACUCCCCCGCCUACCCUCCUCCAGGCACGCCCGGGUACAGCUCCCCGGCCGCGGCCGCCACGCCGACGGAGGGCGAGGUCGGAGGCGGGGGCGCGCCGGCGGAGGAGACGGGGACGGGGACGGAGACGCCUUCUGCGACGAAGCCGGCGUCGAAGACUUCGUCGAGGCCGAAGGAGUCCAUGCCGCUGAGCGGGGCCGGCGCGGCGGCCGCGAGGCCGUGGGGCUCGAGGUGGAUCGUUGCCGUCGUCGGUGGUGCGGUCGCGUGGGGUGUUGUGGGGUGA